AUGAUGGUGUUGCUGAGGCUGCUGGAACAAUGGCGAAUCGAACGCGACUGCUGCAUAUACUGGCCCGAUGAGGCAUUACCAUCACAGCCGUCAGCAGCAGCUCAGACAUUAUCCGCAGAAGCGAUCAAGGUUCGUGACUUCGCCAUUUCAGAGGAGUUAUUUGGGGGUGUCUCCAAAGCGGUGACAUCUACGAAGUCAUCCCCAUAA